AUUUAAAGAGCAACAGAGUAAAAACAUGAGCUCUGCUUUACAGCCAGAUCAACAAGCAGAGUUCUCUCUGUCCCUUUCUGCACUUCAUGGAAUUUGCCAUAAGGAAAACCCAAGACUUUGGCCUCUCCAAAAGCCACCCGAGCAGGCAGAGCAGGAAGCCGAGUUCGUCCAAGCCGGAGGGGCCACAGAAGCCCUCCUCCAGAGCAAAGCGUUCAGAAGCAGGGAACAGGAGUGUCCCUGACUGCCAAUAUGCCCAGCCCAGAAGCACCCAAAACCCUGAGCUGAUUGGCUCCAAUUCCUGGGAAGCCCUUCGCACACCGGGCCUCUCUUCCAUCGGCUGCCCCCCUACUCCCCAUCCCACCACCACCACCAGCACCACCGGAGCAGGGGCAGUACCAUCACGCCUCCCCUACAAUGCCGCGUCCCACAGGACAGCUGAGGCGCCCGUGGACCCGCUGUUCAUCCGGGCGGCCAGCGCGGUGGAGAUGGUGUGCGGCGAUCGGAUGUACAAGUGCGCGUCCUGCCUACGCUACUUCGCAGGCCUGGCGGCGCUCGUGGAGCACGUCCGGGAGGGUUGGCGGGACGGCUACAGCUGCCGGGUCUUCUACCGCAAGCUAAAAAGCAUGAGGGACCGCCGGGGUCACAACGGGCUGGGGAACAGCACCGGAUCUGGGUCUGGGUCUGGGUUUGGAGCUGGCACUGGUGCUGUUGCUGGUGGCGCCCCGAGUUCCAUGGAAGUGUCUGGGUGUAUGCCGGCACAGCCAAUCGCCACCUACAGCAUCACCAGCCCCCUCGGCAACCUGGGUGCCAUGGCAACAGACAACAGUGUCAGGAGCGAGGCUGUCGUGGACAGGAAGAUGGACAGGGUGCAGCAGUGGCUCGACAAGUCUGUCAUGAUGCCAUAGCGAAGGACGGAGACAAGUGACAGUUACAGUACAUAAAUAAAAUCCUUACAGUGCAGUA